UUCGAAGCGUAUUGUUUCGCGCCGGCGGACGUGCGCGGGCGUGAGUCGCGCGACUCGCGAUUCGGCGAUCUUCCGCGCGCGAGACAAGAGAGAUCGGCGGAUAAUUCGACCCGAGGUCGUCCGCGGGCGCUCAAUGGUGAUCUUCGUUAGAAGAUGAGGCCAAGAAGUUCGCGAGUGCUGUUCCGCGUCGUCAGGGGAUCGAGACGGUUCGUGAAUUUCGCCACCGCGCCCGGUCGGCGACGAGGAGAGUGAAGUUAGCCGCGUGAGCGUCCGCGAGCAAUUGUGAAGGAUCGCGAGUGAAACGGUUCUAUUCGUUAAAGUGUGCCGCCUGGCUGCCGUGUCUUACGAAGCGACGGAGCUCGAUUUUUCCACGACGAGGAGGAUCCGGUGCUGACGAGGCCAGAACGGCGGACCCGGCGAGCUGUUUGCACCAGGUUACGUUUUCCGAACGCCGUCGUGCAACGAUUGCACCCCGCGGACCGCGGUGCAUACGCGGCUAACGUCAGAGCGGAGAGCGGGCGAUCGUCGUCAACAUGGCGGACGGCGACUUGCUCGUCACUAUUUCGGGCGCGGCGCUCUCACUGCUGUUCUACGAAAAUGUGCGCAGCGUCGGCGAGCAGAUGGGCUUCCUCCUCGGGGAGGCGCUCGAGUUCAUCGUCAAGACCUACACAGACUCCGACAAUCAAGUGGAGACCGUCAAGAUUCACAUUAACGUGGAGACCAUUGUGACGUGUUCUCUGACCGAUCUUUUGCACGACUCCACCGGCCGGAUCAAUAAGGAGAGCCUGAAGGAUUUUGUGCGUGACAAGAGCAAACAGGUGAUCGGUUGGUUCCGCUUCCGAAGAAAUACCAGCAGCUUGAUCCCGACGAUGAGGGACAGGGUACUGCACAAGCAGUUUGCCUCGCACUUUUCCGGCGGAAACACCUGUAGGGAAGACUUCUUCCUCGCCUGCCUCCUCAACGCCUCCACCUCCGAGACACGCGGCACCCACAAGUUCCGACAUGUGUUUCUGAGGCAUAAGCGGGGACAAUUCGAGCCGAUCCCUCUGAGAAUAAACAAUCUGGGUGACGAUGCAUCUAGACACGAUGGUUCAGAUUAUAAGCCAACACCUCUUAGAAAUUCGACGCGCGCACCCGAUGGCUUUACCGAACUGAUAGAAUCGUUGAAAUUGGACAUGACGAGAAAAAGUGGAUUAGAUUCUGCUAUGAUGAUCCAAAAGGCCGCCGAACGGCACCUGAUGUCAUUGAUUCCGAAAGUGUGUGAAUCGGAUCUCGAAGUGUCCAAAUUGGAGAGACAAGUGCGCGACCUAAAAGACAAGCUUGCAGCGCAGCAAUUAUCCAGGAAAACGAAGGUGAACGGUGAGAGCUACAAGAGGACCUUUAAAGCAAGCAGGGAGAAUUGCUUAUCGGAGAAAAUCGAUUCCUCGACGAAAGAAGAGAUGAAAAUCGGCGAUGACAUGCGUCUUCAAAGGGAACACAUCCCGUCCUGCGCCCAGCCAGUUACCUCGAACAGCCGAACACCGAACCGCAAUACUGCCGCUUGCAUUGCUAAAAGUGUCGUAAGUCAGGAAAAGACUCGCCGUUUAGGACGCAGCAAUUCGCAAGAAGAUAGCAACCAGCAACAUCAGCAAGAUGUCCCCUUCGCUAAUAGCAGGCGUGCCAUUCCGGAAAUUGCUACCGAGCCGAUCUGUCAGGAAGAUAGCGAAGUAAGCGUUGGUAGGGGCAGAGGAAGCGGUCGAGGUAACCCUGAAUUCACUCCGGGAAUGAAGAAACGCCGUGGCCCAGGUACAGCCCAGGCGUAUUCCACCCGGGAAAGAACUAUUACUCCGGAACAGGAUUUCUCUGACGCCGAGUGUUCUGCUGCUGUAUCCCUUAGCUCCCCCGUUCUCAGGUCUUGCCAGGUAAAAAAAGAUAAAUAUGGAUGAAUGCAACACAGUGGACAUUUGAGUGGAGAAACCAAAUCCUGGAAAAAUCACGCUUUCAGGCUGUCUCAAACUUCCGACAUUUUUAAUUUUGAAGAUUUGAAAGAAUCUGAAAGAAUACAAGAGGGAAAAAGGAGAAAUUGUAAUGUUAUAAAAAAAGCGCAGAACUGAAAGAAAUUAACGAAAAUCUAAAAGUACCCGAGAAGAUGAAAGUUUCAGAGUUUAAAAAGAUUGAGAGACAUUUGAAGGAAACUGCGCUUUACUUUCUUGAUAGAAGAAUACGUUUAAUCGGCAAUUAGAAGCGAUUUUUGUAUUAAUUAUUUUAUUUAUAGGUGCCUUAAAUUUUGCCGAAGACUUUAGUAAAAAAUAUUCUUUUAACAAAAUAAUAUCUAUUCCGUUUCUUAUUUCAUAUUUGUCAUUUGGUUUUUAUUGUUUAAUGUGCCAUUACAUAUCUGUAUGAAGUUGAACAUAUUUCAUUACAAAAUGUGUAAGCUUUUAGUUAGUAUGCACUAAUUAUUAAAGACAUUUUGUAAAUAAAAGGGCGCAAAAUGAUUGUUAUUUCAUUUUGUGUUGUAUAAAUAAAAUAAAUGAUAAUAAUUACAGAAUUAAUAAUUAAUCCUAGUUAAUUCUUUGGCAAAUGGGAUACAUCUAGGAUUGUGAUAAGAGGAAGCAAACUUUUAAAUAAAUACUGAAAACUAUAAUC